GGUGUGUAAAUUGUUACAGACAUACACGCUGACAGUUAAUUUUUACAAGCAAAUUGGCAUUCCGACCAACUGCUGACUAAAUAAAAACUCAAUUUCCCAGAAUCCUUUCAGAGACGGUAGAGUCAAAGGUUGUCAUUGGCUGAAGGCUUCCCUCUGUGAUUGGUGCCGGAUCAGUAGUGAAGGUGAGGAGAGAUUUAUCGACAGACAGAUCAAGUCAGAGCACUGUAGUACAAAAAACACUGAGUUUAAUGGAACCAGCUAAGGAAGAAGAAAGCAGUGUUCAAGAUGAGGCUGUGGACAAAAGGAGCUUUAAGAACUGCAACCACAUUGCUUUCUACAGGCGUCAGAAACUUCUGCUUCCUGGGAAGUCUUUGUAUCAAGGAUUGUUGGAUUCGGUUACAUUAUGCAAUGAUAGUGUCAAACUCCAAAUAAUUAAUGAGAAGAAUAAGGUUCCUCUCCUAGUGGAAAUUUAUGCAAUAGACGGCAACAUUUUCAGGCUUAAAAUUAAUGAGGUAUCUCCUCUCAAAUCAAGGUAUGAAGUCCCUGAUGUUCUCAUAAAAGAACCUGCCACUCAGAGGCUCUCUAUAGCCCAGAAGGAAACAGGUAUUCUAGUAUUGACAUGUGCCAAUGAGGACUGCAAGCUUCACAUCACAGCAAAUCCAUUCCAGAUAGAACUAGAGUCCAAGGGUGAGACUGUACUGAGUGUGAACACCAAUGGCCUGUUGUACUUCGAGCAUCUACAACCGCCACCCCAAAUCAGUAGCAAAACUACAGCACAAAAGAAAGAGGAUGCAUCAAUUGACUCCUCUCAGGAAAAUCAAGAGGAUCUGGAUCUCUGGCAGGAGGAAUUUGGCAGUUUUUUAGACAUCAAAGCUAAUGGUUCCAGUUCCAUAGGCUUGGAUUUUUCUUUGCAUGGAUGUGAACAUGUCUAUGGAAUACCAGAGCAUGCAGAAACACUUCUCCUCAAAAACACCAGUGACGAUGAUGCCUACCGGCUUUUUAAUUUGGAUGUCUAUGGGCACAAGAUCCAUGACAAAAUGGGCAUUUAUGGUUCAGUGCCCUUUCUGUUAGCACAUAAACCUAACAGAACUUCUGGGAUCUUCUGGCUGAAUUCCUCAGAAACUCUAGUGGAGAUUAACACAAAAGCUGUAAUAGAGCAUGUACUAUCCAGAUCCCCUCCAGACAUAACUAAGCAGAGAGUGGUGCCUCAAACUGAUGUGCGCUGGAUGUCAGAAAGUGGAAUAAUUGAUGUUUUCCUCCUAAUGGGACCCACCCCUUUUGAUAUCUUCAGGCAAUAUGCACAAUUGACAGGCACUCAAGCCCUGCCUCCACUCUUCUCCUUGGGCUACCACCAGUGCCGCUGGAACUAUGAGGACGAGCAGGAUGUAAAGACAGUAGACACUGGCUUUGAUGAGCAUGACAUCCCCUAUGAUGUUAUAUGGCUGGACAUAGAGCACACAGAAGGAAAGAGGUACUUCACCUGGGACAAGAAAAAAUUCCAGCACCCCAAAAGGAUGCAGGAACUGCUCAAGAGGAAAAAACGCAAGCUUGUGGUCAUUAUAGAUCCUCACAUUAAGGUUGAUCCCAUGUAUGCCCUAUACUCUCAGGCCAAAAAGAAGGGGUAUUUUGUGAAGAAUAGGAAAGGCCAAGACUUUGAGGGCAUCUGUUGGCCAGGUUCCUCUUCUUACCUGGAUUUUACCAAUCCUGAAGUCCGAGAAUGGUAUGCAGAUCAGUUUGCCUUCAAAUCAUAUAAGGGCUCUACUGACAUCCUGUUUGUAUGGAAUGAUAUGAAUGAGCCUUCAGUCUUCAAAGGGGCAGAACUAACCAUGCAGAGAGAUGCUGUCCACCAUGGCAACUGGGAGCACCGGGAGGUUCACAAUCUCUAUGGCUUUUACCAGCAAAUGGCAACUGCAGAAGGACUUAUCAAACGCUCUGGGGGACAGAAGAGGCCAUUUGUCCUCACGCGAUCUUUCUUUGCCGGAUCACAGAAGUAUGGUGCAGUAUGGACAGGAGACAAUGUAGCAGAGUGGAAUUACUUAAAAAUCUCCAUUCCAAUGCUGCUCACAAUCAGCAUUGCAGGAAUUUCAUUCUGUGGAGCUGAUGUGGGUGGGUUUAUUGGGGACCCAGAACCAGAGCUACUUGUUCGCUGGUAUCAGGCUGGUGCAUACCAACCAUUCUUCAGAGGUCAUGCCAAUAUCGAAAGCAAACGGCGUGAACCAUGGCUAUUUGGGGAUGAGAAUACACGGAUCAUCAGGGAAGCCAUUAGAGAGCGCUACACCCUUCUGCCCUACUUAUAUUCACUGUUCUACCGGGCACACACCACUGCUGAGCCAGUCAUGAGGCCUCUCUGGGUAGAGUUCCCCAAGGAACAAGAAACUUUUGGUGUGGAAGACGAAUACAUGCUGGGAAAUGCUUUACUGGUGCAUCCAGUCAUUGAACAAGAGGCCACUACAGUGAAUGUUUUGCUGCCUGGGUCAGAUGAGGUAUGGGUAACUAAGAACCCACUCUGAUGUUUGAA